AUGCGGCCAGGUAUGGUUAUGGCCAACAAACCAACCGUAGUCGGUAAACAGUGUGUUGCGGGAAGUAACGCACGCAUUUUAAGAAAGCAACAAGUACGACGACAGCAACAAGCAGCUGCCCAGCCCGCAGCAGCCGCACAAGGACAAGUCCAUCCCUCCGCAGCAUCAGGAAGUUGGUGGAAUCCGCCAGCUGCUCCUCAAGCAGCAGCAGCAGCAGCAGCAGCAGUAGGCCCAGCUCCAGCACCAAUCUCAGCUCCAGUUGCAGUUUCAGUGCCAGCUCAGGCUUCUGCUCCAGCAUACGGACCACCAAACUGGGAUGCCAGUGCCCAUGCACCCACCCAGCCUCCAGUAUUUGUUGUCGCUGCUGCCGCUGCCGCUGCCGCUGUCACCGCCACCGCCACCGCAGCAGCCAAAGAAGCUAAGUCUCGAGCUCGAAACAACGCCAAAGCCGAUCAAGCCAGAGCCGACCUCACAGCCACUCUACUCCGCAAACUCGAGGCUAAGGACAAGGCCGACAAACAAGCCCGCGCAGAGAAAGAAGCCGCCCGUGCCCGCCUCGCCAACACUGAGCCAGUAGUCGCACAGUUUGAAAUUCAGCGUCAACUCACGGGUGAAAGCGAGGAUAGUGGUUUUCACAGCUCUACCAGAGUCGAAAAUGGUAGUAUCAAUCCCACUACCACUACCACUGGAGCAUGGAGGAGGGCCGAGGAGGACGCUGAACGACUCCUAACUGAGGAUGAGAAGGAGGAUGAAGAAGGAGAUUUUAGCUCGACCGUGGCAAGUGGCAGCCACUCUCCACGAAGUCUUGAUUCAGCCUUUGAGCCAGAGUCGUCGGCCGCCCCUGCUCGUCGUACUCUUCACGGUAUGGAACCUUUGCCUCCUCCUCCACGACGAACCAACCCAGGUAACCUGGAGGCCGACGCCGGUGAGGCUCAUGAUGGUCCUGUUGUGAUCGAUCCGGUCCGCGAAGGCCUUCGUCCAGGAUGCUACACACUGAGGGAGAUCAGACGCAUUCCCGGGGUUCAGGAGUUCGUCUUUCGAACAUUGUGA